AUGGCAAUUACCAACCUCCAGAUCCUUCAGGCCCAUGGGCUGUUUUUCAUUUUAGGCACUCAGCUCCAUGUCUUCGUUUUCCGCAAAGGGGAAUGGGAUACAGCUACUACCAGACUCUUCAGGAACUUCACACUGGGUAUUGGGUUGCUGACGGCGGCCCUUUCCCGGGGAGCUCCUGAGACCUUCCGGACAAAUGCGGCUGCGCUCAAGACAGCUGGUUCUCUCACGGCCGCGCUCAUUGCUGGAAUCUACACAAGUUUACUCGUGUACCGUGCGGCAUUCCACCGGCUCAACGGCUUCAAGGGACCGUUCCUAGCGAGGCUCUCGAAUCUGUGGAUCACCUCACGAGCAGUCAAGGAAUUGCACAUGUACACCGAGGUUCAACAACUCCAUGAACAGUAUGGCGACAUUGUGAGAAUUGGCCCGACCGAGUUGUCUAUCAACAAUCCAAAGGCCGUUCUUCCAAUCCACUCGAAUCGCUCACCGUGCACCAAAGGCCCAUGGUAUGGAGUCUUGCAUCCCAUGUACUCAUUGCAGCUCGUCCGAGACAAGCAAGAGCAUGCACAAAGGCGCAAGAGUUGGGAUCGAGGGUUCAGCUCGAAAGCGCUUAGAGACUAUGAGUUCCGGGUUGCCGACUACACCAAUCAGCUUCUUGCAAGUAUUGACAAGAAUAAGGGAAAGCCAUUCAAUAUCUCAGAUUGGUUCAACUUUUACAGCUUCGAUGUCAUGGGAGACUUGGCUUUCGGCAAGUCCUUUGGCAUGCUCAAGGAAGGCAUUAAGCACUACUUUAUGACUUCCUUGCAUCAAGAUAUGCAGGCUAUUGGCAUGUUCAGUCAUAUGUUAUGGCUCUUCCCCAUCUUCAAAAAUACGCCAAUCUUGAACGAAAAUAACAAGCGAUUCUGGAAAUUUGUCACAUCUCAGGUGGACGAGAGAAUCGCGAACCCCCCUGACCGCCCAGAUGUCUUCUCAUGGAUCUUGGAGGAAUAUCAAUCCCUCAAGAACCCGACUUGGCAGGACACCCUCAACCUAUAUGGCGACGCGUAUCUUAUCAUCGUUGCAGGGAGUGAUACGACAGCUGCAUCCCUUACUUGUCUCUUCUUCGAGCUAGCCCAAAAGCCGGAUGUCUACCAACGCCUAAGGGAGGAGAUCGACGACUACUUUGCGCAGAAUGCGGAGCCUGAACACUCCGCACUGUCAAAGCUCCCGUAUCUGCAGGCUUGCAUCGACGAGACGUUGAGGCUUCAUCCUCCUGUCCCGUCGGGUGUGCAGCGCAUGACCCCGCCCGAGGGCAUAGAUAUUGACGGGACGUUUAUUCCGGGUGAUACAAUCAUCCAGGUGCCUACGCACACCAUGUUCAGAGGCAAGUCUCAAAAAGAAACUGUUUCAUCCUCCACCGUUGUCUCGGCUGAUGAACUGCGUCUGUCAUACAAGACUUUGCUUGCUGACUGUGGCGAAAAACAAAUAGACGAGCGCCUGUUCCCGCAGGCAAACGACUUCAUUCCCGAGCGGUGGACCUCCCGGCCCGAUCUGGCCAAAGACCCUGCCGCAUUUGUUCCCUUUGGUACCGGCAAGUACUCUUGCGUCGGAAAGCAGCUGGGUUUGAUGGAGAUCCGUUACUGCGCCAGUCAAAUCAUUAACCGAUAUGAUGUUGCAUUCGCCCCGGGGCAGAAGGCGGAAGCGUUUAUUGAUGGCAAAAAGGAUGGUUUUACAUUGUCGCUGCCGCACAGCAACAGGAGGAUCAGCUCCGCCAGCCAAGGUCCCUCCGAAAAGGAGCUCGCCCGCAAAAUCCGGAAGCGCGAGCUCGACCGCCGGGCCCAGAGGCAGGCUCGCGAGCGCACCCGUAACCGCAUCGCCGAGCUCGAGGCCCAGGUCAAGGAGCUCCGAAAGGAUGACUCGACGAGGCUGUCGGCCGCCAUGGAGCAGCUGGCCGCCGUCACGCGCGAGCGGGACGGCCUGUUCGACACCUUCAAGUCCAUCGAGCAGACGAUCCGCGACCAUGUGCUGCCGAGCCGCCCAACCCCAGCGACACAGCAACGCUCGCCGCCUCCCACCGUGACAGCGUCAACAUCCCUGCCGCGAGCAGGCUCAGCAGCCUCUCGGGAUGCGACUAUGCUUACGGAGCUCUCGGCGCCAACCUACACCGCACCCAUGGGCCUACUGCCCGAAACCCCCGCCGCCCUCGACGUCCACGGUUUCCACGGUAGUGUCAAUGGCGCCGUCGUCGGCAGGGUGCCGAAUGGGUUCCCGGCAUCCAGCGUACACGCGCCCAGCGUCCACGCACCUAGCUCCACGUCGGACAGCCAGGACUUUGUCGACGACGAGGACGACAACGGGGACGAUGCCCCAGACGAUCCUAAUCUCAUAGUGCCACCACCCGAGGCGCACUGCGACUGCGUCACUGUCCGGACCCCAGCAGGCCCAGCGUCCCCGAAAGUGAAUGUGUGGCGGGCUGUUAAUCAGGUCUUGGCGAAGCGGUGUCGUAUAUCGAAGGAAGCUCACGCGAUCGAGGACUCCAACGACGAGGACAUUCCCGUGCGGGUACUACUCGAAGGCUGGGAUGCCGUCGCGAAGACCCGGCCGUUGUCUAAGUUGUGGAGAAAGCUCCGCAGGGUCGACGAGUUGUGCUUCAUGACUUGCCCACCGACAGAACGGCUGGCGAUCCUUCGAACCAUGCACUUGCUGCUGCAGUAUCACUCCGAUCCCACCCCGGAACGCUAUGCCAAGCUGCCCACCUGGUACCUGAAGAGACCAUCACAGGCGAUGCCACAUUCUUAUGCCAUCGACUUCUUUGUCUGGCCAGGUGUUCGGGAACGGUUCGUUUUCGGACAACACCACUACUGCAACAACCAGUUCUGGGAGCUCUUCGGCCCCAACUUCCACCUCCUCUGGCCCUUUGAGUUCCGCGACGCGUACAAAAAGAGCGUCGUCACAGGCCAGUACCAAAUUUCGCCCAUGUUCGAGCAGAGAAUAUCGGACAUCAACGCCUGGACAAUGGGUAUGGACUUCUUCACCCGCUUCCCCGAGCUCAUUGCCGAUAUUCCGGCAUUUCACUCCGUCGCCCAGGCCCUGACGCCCGCCGUCAUGUCACCUCCCCCGCUUCACCACCAAGCCCUGCCUCAACAGGCAUCUCUUUCGCAGCUAAAGGAGCGUGACGAACGUCUUCUUCUCGAGCAGCAGGCCUCAGCCGCGGCAGAAGAGCAGCAACACCAGCAACACCAGCAGCAGCAGCAACAGCAGGCCAACCAGGACGCCAUGGACUGCUCUCAGGCCAUGCAGGUGUACCCGGGGAGCCUUUACAGCAUGGCACCUCCCGGCUUCAUGGACGAAUUCAUCCCGCAGGGCUAUGAUGCGCACGGCCCGGCUGGGACGUAUGGCUCGAUGCCUGGGUACUUUUGA